AAAGAUAGUAUUAGUAAAUAUAGGGGCCGUAUGAGGUACCCCAGGGUUUAAACGUUUAUGCAUAAAUGCAGACUUGUCCAAUGCCUUAUUGACUGCUGACAAAAGUUUGAACCAAUGAGGCGUUUUUGAAUAGAAAACUUUAUUGUCAGCGGAAGUGACAAUUACAACACUGAAUGCAAAGGAUCCACAUGGGUUCUCCCUCCGGUCAAGCACACUGGUGAAGGUUAAUCGAGGCUGUCAGGGCUCAAUAUUGAACGGGACCCACAAGUUCUCUGGUGGGUUUUAAGCGAGGGUAAACCGAAAGCUUGUUUGCAGAAAUGGAUCCUUUGAAAGCGCAGCAGCUCGCCGCGGAGCUGGAGGUGGAAAUGAUGGCUGAUAUGUAUAACCGCAUGACCAAUGCAUGUCACAGAAAAUGCGUUCCCCCUCAUUACAAGGAAGCAGAACUUUCAAAGGGGGAGGCUGUGUGUCUGGACCGCUGUGUCGCCAAGUAUUUGGACUUGCACGAGAGACUUGGUCGUAAGCUCACUGAGCUCUCCGUGCAGGAUGAGGAGGUGAUGAGGAAGGCUGCAGCUGGGACCGGAUAAGCCAGAUACAGACUUCAACAGUGGGCCAGAAAAUCUCAGAUAUUUUGGUUUUUGUGGGAGGAGCGGGCACUACGGACAUCCAAAAAGGGGAAAUUGGGCUGCAUGGCCCCAAAUGUAAACAUUAUAUGAACAUUACAACAACUAUUCACUGUGAGACAUGCCAUGACAAGGUACAGACUUUUGUUUGGAGGUGGGGUAUAUUUUACUCCAAGAAUUGGUGGAAUCUGGCAGUGUUUGUAGUUUGUUGGAUGGAAGAUUAUUAACAUCACAGGAAUAAAACUUUAUUUGGGUGGGAAGAUUUAUGGAGUAUUGUGUGUCCUUGUGAAAUUGUGUUUCUUUUACAUUUUGUGGAUGUUUUUUUUUUAUGUUGACCGAGAUCAUUGUAUUUUCUGACACACUGUAAUUUUGCUAAACAUACUAAACACUAUUAAAAUAUUUAUCAUAACCUAUAUGUGUCUCAAUAAGUAAACAUAAUGCUGAUUCUUUUUCUUAAUAUGUUUAUGGCAUGGUAAAUAUCCAGCUUCCCAAAAGCGCUUGAAAGCUUUCCUAGUGCAUGUUAACCCUUGUGCUGUGUUGAUAUUUUUUACCUAAUUUGGUGUUCCCGGUCAAAAAUGACUGGCCUAUAAAAAGUUUCUUAUAAAUCUCUUUAUGAUCGUAGGCCUCAUUGACCUGAGCUUAUGCACCUCUGUUUUUGAGUAAAAAGCAUUAUUUGUGGAUAUUUUUGGCAAUAUUAAAUAAAACAUGAAAACAUUCUGUACUAUUUAGCACCCUAGUGUCUUUCAUGUUUAACCAGGAAGUUUGUUUUGAAAUGCUUUUAUUUUGUACAAAAUGGCACAAAGUAACAUUUGUGGUGUUCCCGGUCAAAAAUGACCGGCCUAUUAAAAUUGCUUAUAAAUCUCUCAUUAUGUUAUAUUAUCACCAAAUAUUGCAUUAGAUCUUUUUGCCAACUUGUUUUCUUUCAAUUAGCACAGGUUUUGUAUUUCCUUUUGGAACUUACUGAUCGUAGGCCCCACUGACCUGAGCUUAUGCACCUCUGUUUUUAGUGAAAAAGCAUUAUUUGUGGAUAAUUUUGGCAAUAUUAAAUAAAAUAUGAAAACAUUCUGUUCAA